UGCGUUUAAAGGAAGGUUAUAAUUGAGUUUGAAGUCUUUCAAAUUACUUCGCCAAAAAUAACUGUGUGACAAUUUUCAAGUAUAAAGCACGAGUAGAAAAUUGUGAUAAAGUAGAAAUGGGCGUCGGUGGGUUAACAACUUUUAUAGCAAGACAUGCAGAUCAGUAUCUGGAAAAUUUUGAGUUACACGACACUUACUUGGUUAUCGAUGGAAACAGUAUUGCAUGUCAACUUUACAAUUGGUAUUCUAAAUGCAAUUGUGCGUUUGGUGGAGAUUACGAUGUCUAUGCAAGAUGCGUUGAAAAUUUAUUUGAUGAAUUACUUAUGUGCAAUGUUACACCUUUGGUACUUCUUGAUGGAGGAUAUGAAGACAAAAAAAUUAAAACUUGUCUCAAAAGGAUACGCGACAAGAUAAUCGCAGCAUCAGCUUAUACUCCAUCCCGCCAACGUUCCCGAAAAUUUUUUCCCUUGUUCUUGAGUGAGGUUUUUAAUGACAUUAUGCAAGAAAAAGGAAUACAAUAUGCGCAAUGUCUUUUUGAAGCUGAUGAUAAUAUUGCAGCAGUUGCUAGAGUCUUAGGUUGUCCUGUACUCAGUUUUGAUUCAGACUUUUAUGUCUAUGAUGUUUUGUAUAUACCCUUCGAUACCUUACAUCAUAAUGUUGUGAAAAGUAGUACAAACAAUGGAUAUGUUAAACGCUGUAAACUAUAUAAAGCAGAGAGACUACUAGCAACGUUCAAUGGAUUGGAUCGAACAAUGCUUCCUCUGGCUGCAACUCUUCUGGGUAAUGAUUAUAUAAAGCGUUGUGUAUUCCGUGACUUCUUAAGACAUCUUAAAUUAUCAAAAUCUAUCAGCAAGAAAACUACUGUACAACAAAGUAGGAUUAAUGCAGUGUUCAAUUGGUGUAAGACCCACAAUUUAAAUUCUGCAAUCACCAUGAUAUUAAGUAGAGUACCAAAGUAUCACAGGAAAAGAGUCUUAAAUGCAAUUGAAAAUAUGGUAAAUAGUUAUACAAGUAUAUCGUCUCAUAUGUUGCUUCACUUAGGCUUCACAAAUGAAUUUGUGACUGAAAUGGUUGCAAAAAAUCUGAAGAAACCUUUUAAGUACCAAGAGGAUAUUGAUAAUCUGAUGACAGAUAUUGCAGAGGAAGUAUCAAGUUUAACAGUAUCAUCUGCAUCAAGUGAAGAUUCAGAAUCAAAUGAUGAGGAUGAAGAUAUAGAAGAUGUAGAAGAUCGUCAAGAAGAAAUAGAAUACAAUGUUAAACGAUCGUUGUUAAAUAUUGCUCCAGAAUGGUUUGUUGAUGAGUUCAGCAAAGUACAAUUUUCCAGCUAUUUUGUGGAUAUAUUAUAUCGUCAGUUAUACUUAUGUCCACCUCAAAUUGAAGAUUAUGCAUAUCCAUCUUCACAUGAGAUUAGUUUAAAAAUUAUUAGAAUAAUAUAUACACUUUUAACGUCAAAUGCGUGUAACAAAUCUUUAGAAUAUAUUGUAAGAGGUACAACCAAGAAAAUAUGUUACUGCAAGUUGGAACCUGUGAAACAACUAUGGUCUUGCGAUGUACCAACGCUACACGAUCUACACAAACUACCCUUAAAUAUUAGAAAAGGAAUUUUAGGAGAGGCACUUGAGAUCUCACAAGAAUGGCCAGUAAAUGAUUUACCAAUGGAAUGGAGACUUUACAUUUUGACGUUAAUUUAUUGGGCUCAACAGCAGAAUGCACCACCAAAAACAAGAUGUCAUGUAUAUACAUUAUUGUUUGCUAUGCUAUUCAACAUAAUUGACCAGAAAUUAGGAUAUUAUAGAUCUCUUAAGAAAUUUGAUAAGAAGUUCAGAAAACGAAUAGAUUCUAUCAUUGCUGAAAAAAAAUCUGUAACAUGUCAAACAAAUAAUAAUCCCGAAAGCACCUCGUUAUUAGAAGCCUACAAUAAUGUGACAAAUGAAGACUGUCUCCUGGCAGCAUCCUUUUUUAUUUCCAAUUUUAAAGUCGAUCACAAAGUAUUGUCAAUGCCUAAAAUUUUUAAUAUUACGCUGGUACACGUCUUUGCCCAAUUUCAAAGCUGCCUGAGACAUUCUAUGCAUCUGAAUGCCUUGCUCGACUAUCCGUAUGCACGUACAAAGGUGGCACAAGUCUAUAAUGGGACUUUAUUGUACAAUUUGUAUAAUAAUUUUGUAAGGCGUAAGGACGUGCCAGCCUACAUCAACUUGAUUCUUCAAAAUUCACCGAGCCUUCGCCUUGUCUUCAAUGCUUUAUUGACAACUGUUAGUCCCAUUUUCGAUAAUUUUCUCGAAAACAAAGUUAUGGGUGGAAAAAAGCGGAAAAAUAGGAUUAAACAAAAGAAUGAAACCAUGAAGCAUUCACAGGAGAAUAUUGACAAUGAAAUUCCAGGCAAAAGUUAUCAAUUUUACGAUGCAAAUAACCAUUUCUCGCUUCUUGGUGAUGCCAUAUGAACUCUUAAAUAAUUUUCAAAUAAAUUAUAAAAAACGUUGAAAAAUCCAACGAGUCGUUGCGAGCGCAACGCGAUGAAAUUCUAAAGGGCAUAACUGUAGUGUCGGCAAGAACAGCCCAAGAUUUAUACAAAGUCAUAUCUAGUAUAAAGAAUUAUCUAAG